UGUGAUGUACUUACAGGCAUUGUUUUCUUAAACCUGUUUUUGAGUUUCCAAUUGCCUCUUUUAACUUAAUCUGCACUCCAACUGUUUGUUUAAUAGUUAAGAGCAAUUCGGUGUCUCAUUCAGGCGAAAAGGGCCGAGCUUCGAAUCUUCUUUUUGUUAAAGAAAUACUCCACUUGCGUCUUUCUCGAAGAUUUGAUGGCAUUUUGCAGACUGAGAUUUAUUUGUGGGGCGGAAAAAUGAGAGAGAAUUGAGAACUUUUUUCUUGGGGCUUGGAUUGUUUUCUGCUGCAUUUAUUGGGGUCUUCAUUGUAAAGGUGGAGUCUUUAUGAGUUGGGAUCUUCAGCUUUGAGGCAUUCUUGAUUGUUGUGAAUUGGGAUUUACAGAUUUGUUGAUUUUUCCCCUCAUUUUGCCCUGAUGUUGUGAAUUUGGUGGGUUCUUGGAGGCAGUUGGAUUCUGAUUUUGAGAUUGCAUCUUGAAUUUGGUUGCAUUGUGCAGAAAUGGCUUGUGUGAAGCUGGGAUCCAAAGCUGAUGCUUUUCAGAGGCAAGGACAAGCUUGGUUUUGCACAAGUGGUCUUCCAAGUAAUGUGGUUGUCGAAAUUGGGGAAAUGUCGUUCCAUCUUCACAAGUUUCCGCUGCUUUCACGAAGUGGAGUUAUGGAAUGCCUCAUUGAAGAGGCGUCCCGAGGAGAGGACGGCUGUGUCAUCAAACUACCCGACAUCCCUGGUGGAGCGAACACAUUCGAGACAGUAGCCAAGUUCUGCUACGGGUUCAAGCUUGAACUCACUGCUGCAAAUGUCGUGUACCUCCGCUGUGCAGCCGAGCAUCUUGAGAUGACCGAAGAGUAUGGAGAGGGGAAUCUCAUCUCUCAAACGGAGAGCUUCCUCGACCAGGUGGUUCUGGACAACUGGAACGAUUCAUUGCGGGCCCUCCAGACCUGUGACAAUAUCCUCUCCCACGCUGAGAAACUCGAUAUUCCAAGACGAUGCAUUGACUCUUUGGCUGCCAAGGUGUGCACGGAGCAGAAUUUGUUGGGAUGGCCCGUGAUGGAGCGUGGAGGCCUGUUGCAGAGCCCUGGGGGGAGCGUGUUGUGGAACGGGAUAAGCACAGGUGCUCGACCGAAGAGCUCGAGUUCGGAAGAUUGGUGGUACGAUGAUGCAUCUGUUUUAAGUUUUCCACUCUACAAAAGGUUGAUUCUCGCUAUGGAGUCUCAAGGUGUGAAGCCAGAACUCGUCGCUGGCUCCCUCAGUUCAUAUGCGAAAAAGUACCUACCAGGACUUCACCGGCAUCGUGGCCCCACCGUGCCGAAAAAUCAUCUGGUCGGGUCCCUGUCUGAGGAGGAUCAGAAGCUUCUCGUUGAAGAGAUCAAUUACUUACUUCCGUUGGAGAAGGGCAUAGUACCGUCAAAGUUCCACUUUGGUUUGCUCAAAACAGCUCGGAUUCUUCGAGCUAGCUCCUCGUGUGUGUCGAAUCUUGAGAAACAGAUAGGUUUGCAGCUUGAUCAGGCAACGCUCGAGGAUCUCUUGUUGCCGACUUUCUCCUACUCAAUGGUGACUCUGUACGAUGUCGACUGUGUGUCGCGUGUUCUUGAUCAUUUCUUGGCUAUGGAUCAGGUGGCCACCUCCCCGGGCUCCUUCGACGAAGGCCAGUUGAUUGGCUCGCCAUCGCUAACACCUAUUACGAUGGUUGCCAAGCUCAUCGAUGGCUAUCUUGCCGAGGUCGCUCCGGAUGUCAAUCUGAAGCUCCCCAAGUUUCAGUCUCUUGCUGCCGCCAUCCCAGAGUAUGCCCGGCCGUUGGAUGACGGGCUUUAUCGAGCGAUCGACAUCUAUCUUAAGUCGCAUCCGUGGCUAGCGGAUUCCGACAGGGACCACCUCUGCCGGCUGAUCGACUGCCAGAAACUCUCGUUAGAAGCGUGCACCCAUGCAGCUCAGAACGAGAGGCUCCCGUUGAGAACAAUCAUCCAAGUCCUGUUCUUCGAGCAGCUGCAGCUGAGGACUUCCGUGGCUGGAUGCCUGCUCGUCUCGGACAACCUUGAUGUCUCAAGACAAGCGACAAACGAAGGAGGCUGGACGGCCACAGGCGUGAGGGAGAACCACGCGCUGAAGGCAGGUAUGGAUAGCAUGAGAAGUAGGUUAUCCGAGCUUGAGAAGGAGUGCUCGAACAUGAGGCAGGAGAUUGGGAGCUUGGGGCGUGCGAAGAAAUGGAGCAUUUGGGGGAACGUGUCAAGGAAGCUCGGGUUGAAGUCUCAGAUGUGCAGCGCGCAAGAGGGAUCUGUUAGCAAGCAGAACGAUCGUGUCGAGGGUAAUGAGAAAUCUCGAGACAAGCUAAGGAAGGAGAAGGAGAAGAAGAAGAACACCGACUUCGGAUGUUUAAGUUCGUGUAAUUAUUCAUAAUAGCGUCUCCGAAUCCGAAUCUGCAUCGAGAUUCAGAGUCGGAGACGACGACUCAUUGACUUUGCGACACAUGAACGUGCAUUGUAUCAAACGUUUUCGUGCCUAGAAGAGGACUAAGUCCAUUGUACUAGGCAUGCACACGGGUCAGAAACCGCCGGUUCCGGUUCAUGAACCGGAACCGGCCUGCCAAGGGUCCCGGCAGCUCCGGUUCCGGUUCAAAAAAUCGCCAGUUCACGAGACGGUUCAAAA